AUUGAUUUCUUUGCCUUUCUCUUGCGGAAAGCAGAACGUCGCAGAUGGUCGCUACUUCCUUUUUUCAGCUGAUACGCAGCAUUCGAGCCGAAAUAGACCCUUCAUUUCUUUCCUUGUUGUAUAGAGCCCUCGCUAAUUGUAUUUGUGUGGUUGGUAUUGCAGCGCAUCUACGGGCUGCCCUCAUAGAAGCAACGAAGCAUUAGCUUCAGAUAAAUGUCAACAAUGCGCAGAGUCCCCGGAGGAUGAUUGUGAGGAGCUUGUCCUGUUAGAAGAACUUUUGCUCUGGAAGACAUGGAGAAAGUCACUUAAGAUGUUAGACGGUCAGUAUCCGCUUCUUGUAUCAGUUUUGAGUGCGAGGAAUUUUGGGCCCAACCAUUGGGGCAGUGAACAGGGGCAGGUUGGCGACGGUUAGUGCACGAGAUGUGUCAUACUAAUACUAUACAGUGGCUCCCAGUAUGUUUUGUCUUCUUGUAUCAUGCUCUAUAUUCUCACCUUGUAAUAUCUGCCUGACAUUAUCACUGUG